CUUUCCCACAAAUCUCUGAAAAGUGCGUUGGCGAAAAGCGUUCUCCUUCACAAUGGGCUGGCUGGACAAAGUGCCGCGAACAGAAGGUGGCGGCCUCUGGAUCGGCGGCUAUGCAGCGCUGUAUUCACAGCAGCCGCUGUUCCAACAGUCGAAGAUCACGCAUGUAAUCAGCGUGCUGGACUACGAGCUCUACGAAGCAGAAUACCUCAAUGCGUACAAGCGCAUGCAUAUUAAGCUCGACGAUGACCCGAACGAGAAUCUCCUGGAACACCUCCCGAAGACCACAGCAUUCAUCGACGAGGCACUAAGUAAAGGCGGCGCCGUUUUCGUCCACUGCGCAAUGGGCAAGAGCCGCUCGGCAACUGUCGUCAUCGCAUACCUCAUGUGGAAAUACGCCCUCACUCCUGAUGAAGCUCUCGAGCAGCUUCGUGAAGGGCGAGGUGUUUGCGAGCCGAACCCUGGAUUCAUGGAGCAAUUGGAUGUAUACCAGCGCAUGCUCCAAGCAGAUAAUCAGGAGACAGCCAAGCAAAUCUACGAGGCUUGGGUAAAUGAACGCGAUGUCUAUCGUGACUGGUAUUCUUUCCGCUCAUAUCGCCGCCAAGCGCCUGUGCCUAAGCUCUGAAACAAGCUAAUGCGCGCUAAUUGCUCAUUUUUGCCCGAGCUGGCAGCUGAAGUUGCAGCUGAGGAUUGGGUGAAGCACGGCGCUGGGAGAGGUGUGAUGAACAAUCGGGACAGGCUCGGGACAUUGGUCGACAAUAGACCUGGGCUGUCUCAAGAACAAUAUCACAAUGGCUGAAGAUUUUGCACAGAAGGUCAUGGUAUUGCAAGCUUAUUCGCCAUUGGGCUGUCUAUACUGGCAAUCGGAUUCCCGGUCACGAUGGAGGUAUCUGGGAGUGCUCAGCCAGGCCUCCCAACACAGGCCCGGCGGACUCCCACCACGACCUCAGGGCUCCCCCGUUUGCUCCCCAACCCCAUCAUGCAGGC